AUGAAUCGCACCGGUCACGUUGUGUUAGGGGUCGUAAUUUUUGCAUGUAUAGUUGCACUGGUUCUUGGGCUGUAUUUUGGACUUCGAAAAUCUGAGGAUGUGAAGUCUAAUAAGGUAUUCCUCGAUUCAUUCAGUGCAUCUUUGGAUGUUGAUACGGUUGAACGUAGCGAACUUGGCACUGAAAAAACGUAUCUGAAGGUAGAAUGGAAUUCAGAUACGAUGAACAUGAGAAUUCAGGAGACGGAGGUGUUUGCUUCAGAGUAUGACUUCGACUAUGAUCUCGUUUUCAUUAUGGUAAAUGAUAAAGCGACGGUCAGUAUUUCUCACAUGAAUACUUCUAUAGCCUUUUGUUUGGAAGAAACUUCCCUGUCACGAUGGCUUAGCGUUUUUGACCAUAUUGUUAAAGCUAAGGAUUGGAUAAGCGGUUCACAAUCAGACAAAUGUCGUGGUGAUAUUUGGUCGACGAAUCUCGAAGAUGGCACGAUUGAUAUAUGUACUUACGACAAUCAGUUAGAAUAUGUUGCGUAUAAGGAAAGGAACGCCAUGGUAACAAGUUGGUCAAGAAGUGAUAAACAAAGUAUCAACAUAGCAUCCGAUGUACAGAAUGGUCCGUGCCACAAAGUCAGAGUUGUAAACUGUAGCAAUAUUCACGAUGCCCCUGCAGUUAAAAGAGAUUCUGGAGUAGCUCCUGCCACAUGUUUGUUCGUGCAUGGGGCCGGUGAAAACGUUCCUGGCAACAGUGUCCUUCAGGAUCAAUCGUCUUACUGGGGUAACGUAAAAAGUUUCACUUCAAAAUGCGUGUCUCAUAAAUUCCUUAUAUACAACAGCAGGUUCAACGGAUGGGAUGUGGACCACAUACAUCAGCAUUUUUGUGAUGUUGCUGCUCCCAAUGGAAUCAUAAGUAACACGGUGAUAUUUUCACAUUCGAUGGGAAACAUGGUGAUUGCUGCUGCUCUGCACCGAAAUAAAUGUUCUUUUGAUGAGAAGACGAGUCGCUGGUUCUCUGUGCAAGGUCCAUGGACAGGGAGUGCCGUAGCCGAUAAACUGUCAAGUAUUUGUAGAAAUCCAACAUUUAUAGAGAGAUUGAUCCGCCGUGUAUUGCGGGGACAAGGGUACUGUAAACCUACUGAAAACAUUGAAAAUGGUGUGUAUACGACCCUGAAAACCGAUUAUGUCUCUGACACCGGGGUACAGCAUAAUGAUCUAAUAAACAUCGGCAAGAGAUACGUAUCAGGUGUAAUGUGUGGCGAUAGCAGUUGGGGACUAGGGCAGGAUAAACUGGAGAGUGCUGCUCUUUGGUUGAUGCAGGCAUACAGCAAUCUUGGAGAUCCUAAUGAUGGAAUGGUGGCAUUUGAUAGCUGCAAGUUAAAGGAUGAAGUGUUCGAAGCAAGAAGCUCUCAUUCAUAUUAUAAAGACAAAUUCAACCAUGCAGAUGGUACUUGUAGACAUGGAGGGUGUCCCUGUCGGUGGUAUCAUAAUAUGCAUUAA